GUAUGCCGGAAGGCCGCCUGUGGUCACCCAGGCUUCUACUUCAGUCUCUCCUCCUUCUCCUCCUCAGCCCACUGUCUCCCCAUCUCACCCCGGAGAAGAACCGAGUUCUGAGCGUCUACAGCAAAAAUUGGAAAGGAAGACUGGGCUCCGAAUCCUCUCAGGGCCUUGGACAUCUCUGUCCCAAAGCAAUCCAAAGCUCAGUCUCCUAAUGGUUCUAAAACUCCCCUGACCAGUCCCCCAACUGAAGAAGGAUUAUUCAAGCACGUAAGCCUGUGGCUGGGCACUUCUCCCACCCAAUGAUGGAGGGUUCUUAUUUGAAGACCACCAACCCAGAAACACAUUCUCAAGUUGAAAAGUUUGAGUGGUAUCCAAAAUGAAUCUGAUUGGGCACUCCCAUUUACAGGCUACGGACGAGUUUCCUUUUCCUGAAAGCUUAUUUGGUGUGCUAACAGAACACGCCGCAGGUCCCCUGGGGCAGAACCUGGAUUUGGAACCGUACUCCCCAUACAACAAUGUCCAGUUUCCUCAGGUUCAGCCACAGAUUUCCUCCUCGUCUUAUUAUUCCAACCUGGGUUUCUACCCCCAACAACCGGAAGACUGGUACUCUCCUGGAAUCUAUGAACUCAGGCGGAUGCCCGCUGAAACUAUGUACCAGGGAGAGACUGAGGUAUCGGAGAUGCCUAUGACAAAGAAGCCGCGAAUGGCUGCGUCAUCGGCGGGCAGAAUAAAAGGGGAUGAGCUGUGUGUUGUCUGUGGAGACAAGGCCUCUGGGUACCACUACAAUGCGCUCACCUGCGAGGGCUGCAAAGGUUUCUUCCGAAGAAGCAUUACCAAAAACGCCGUGUACAAGUGUAAGAACGGGGGCAACUGCGUGAUGGACAUGUACAUGCGCAGGAAGUGCCAGGAGUGCCGGCUAAGGAAGUGCAGAGAGAUGGGGAUGUUGGCUGAAUGUAUGUAUACAGGUUUGUUAACUGAAAUCCAGUGUAAAUCUAAACGGCUAAGGAAAAAUGUGAAGCAGCACGCGGAUCAGACCGUGAAUGAGGACGACAGCGAAGGGCGUGACUUGAGACAAGUGACCUCCACAACCAAGUCAUGCAGGGAGAAAACUGAACUCACUGCAGACCAGCAGACCCUCCUGGAUUAUAUUAUGGAUUCAUACAGCAAACAGAGAAUGCCGCAGGAAAUCACAAAUAAAAUCUUAAAAGAAGAAUUUAGUGCAGAAGAAAAUUUUCUCAUAUUAACAGAAAUGGCAACCAGUCAUGUGCAGAUUCUCGUAGAAUUCACAAAAAAGCUUCCAGGGUUUCAGACACUGGACCACGAAGAUCAGAUUGCUUUGCUCAAAGGGUCCGCAGUGGAGGCCAUGUUUCUUCGUUCGGCGGAGAUUUUCAAUAAGAAACUUCCUGCUGGACAUGCAGACCUGUUGGAAGAAAGAAUCCGAAAGAGCGGCAUCUCUGAUGAGUAUAUAACCCCGAUGUUCAGUUUCUAUAAAAGUGUUGGGGAACUCAAAAUGACUCAGGAGGAGUACGCUCUGCUCACAGCGAUCGUCAUCCUCUCUCCAGACAGACAAUACAUAAAGGACCGAGAGGCGGUGGAAAAGCUCCAGGAACCGCUGCUUGAUGUGCUACAGAAGCUGUGCAAGAUGUACCAGCCCGAGAACCCUCAGCACUUUGCCUGCCUCCUGGGUCGCCUGACGGAGCUUCGGACAUUCAACCAUCACCACGCUGAGAUGCUGAUGUCUUGGAGAGUGAAUGACCACAAGUUCACCCCGCUCCUCUGUGAGAUCUGGGAUGUGCAGUGAUGGACACGGGUGGGGCUGGCUCCUUGUCCUCCUCGGAACAGAAACCUGGUUUCAUUUGUACCUGGUUUCACUCAAGAAUCUCAAUGAAUAUUUAUGUGGCAAUUAUACACCUCCCACAGUUGUAAAUACAGACUAGAUAGAGUUGCUUUCCCCACACUGUAUUUUACAAGGCUUCAGGAAACCCCACUGGCAUGCCCCCUUUUGCCUAAUUAAAUCAAUUGUUACUUCAAUUCUAUCUACUGAGCUAGGGACAUUUUAUUCUUCAUUCGACAAUAUUAUAUAUAUAUUUUAUAAAGUUGAGCUGUUUUCAACUGAGACAAUAAACUGAAUGUAAUAGCAAGGAGACUUCUCAUUUGGGAAAAAAAAAAAAAAAGAUUGAGGAGUAUCUCUUUAAGUGAUGAUGGAAAUCUUACUGAGUUGGAGGGCAGGUGAUUUCCAGAAAGUAAACUCUUACAAUAGAAAAGUAAUGUUUCCAUCCCCGCAGAAGUCAUGUUUGAUGUUCAUUGGUUCAGGAAGUUAAUAGUUUUUCUGCAUAAAAUAGUCCCUGAAGCCACCCCACCCUCAAGACAGUUGGGGUCUUGAAAAGGCAUUUACUAAUAGAGCAUGCAAAUAACUCUUAGAAAAGUACACUGUGGCUUCAGCACACACAGCCUCCCUCUGCUCCCUCCCCCAACGGUUUUCACUCCUGCAGCUGGAUGCACAGCUGUUAGAUACUUCCCCAAAGCAGGAACUGGUUCAUUUCCUUCCUUCGUUAUUCAACUGUGGCAGUCUUCUCCCUGUUCUCCUUUGCCUAAUACAAUGAAAUACCUUCUGUAAGUAAUGAGCUGAAAUCUCCCUUUCUCUUGAAGUAAGCCCAAAUGGAGCUUGCUUCCUAAGCAAAGAAUCUAUAGAGAAAUACAAAUGCUAGAUUCCAAAUCCAGCGCUGCUUGGAUUCUAUUCCAUACCACAAGGAAAGUCACCUGUUUUGUUUUGUUUUGUUUUGUUUUGUUUUGUAUUAUGAGACAGGGUUUCUCUGU